GCAGCACUGCAGAAGCCACACCAUCACAAGAGAAGAGCAGAGCAGAAGAGAAACGCUGCAGACACGCGCCAGGAAGCACGCAAACGCACCAACGUACUAGCAGCUAGCUAGCUAGCUAGCAAGCUAGGGCAAACAAGCGCAUGGCAAUGGUGGAGCUGUUGUCGACUGAGCUGGUCGUCCCAGCCGAGGAGACGCCGGCGGGCGCCGUGUGGCUGUCCAACCUCGACCUGGCCGCGCGGCGCGGGUACACGCCCACGGUCUACUUCUACCGAACGAACGGCAAGCCGGAGUUCUUCGAGACCGACGCCGUGAAGGACAGCCUGGCCCGGGCGCUGGUGUCGUUCUACCCGCUGGCGGGCCGCCUGGGGCUGGACGCCGCCACCGGGCGCGUGCAGAUAGACUGCACGGGGGAGGGCGCGGUGUUCGUGACGGCGCGGUGGGAGCAGUACGCGCUGGACGAGCUGGUGGGCGAGUUCGUGCCGUGCGACGAGAUGCGGGCGCUGCUGGUGCCGCCCACGCCCGCGCCGAACCCGCCGUGCCCGCUGCUGUUCGCGCAGGUCACCCGCCUCCGCUGCGGGGGCGUCGUGCUCGGCCUCGCCCUGCACCACUCGGUCGUGGACGCCAGGAGCGCCGCCCACUUCGUGGAGACGUGGGCGAGCAUCGCCCGCGGCGGCGCCGGCGCUGGCGCCGGCAACCCCCUGCCGCCCUGCUUCGACCACAGGCUGCUGAGCGCGCGGCCCCCCGGCGCGCGCGCGGUGGCGUACGACCACCCGGAGUACAAGGCCGAGGCACCGGCGGCGGCGGAUGGCGGUGCUGGUGGCGGCGCCGCCGCCGGCUACGCGAGCGCCAUCGUGACGCUGAGCAAGGCGCAGGUGGCGGCGCUGAAGGCGCGGUGCGCGGGCGCGUCCACGUUCCGCGCCGUGGUGGCGCUGGUGUGGCAGUGCGCGUGCCGCGCGCGGGCGCUGCCGGCCGACGCCGAGACGCGGCUCUUCUCCAUGGUGGACAUGCGCGCGCGCCUGGCGCCGCCGCUCCCUCCGGGCUACUUCGGCAACGCGGUGGUGCGCACGUCGGCGCUGGCCACGGCCGGGGAGGUGACGGGCAACCCCGUGGGGUACGCGGCGCGGCGCGCGCUGGCGGCGACCAGCCCCGGGGACGACUACGCGCGGUCGCUGGUGGACUACCUGGAGGGCGUGGACGCCAUGAACCUGCCCCGCAGCGGCAUCUCGCGCGCGCACCUGCGCGCCAUCAGCUGGAUGGGCAUGUCGCUGCACGACUCCGACUUCGGCUGGGGCGCGCCCGUGUUCAUGGGGCCCGCGCUCAUGUACUACAGCGGCUUCGUGUACGUGAUGCAGGCGCCCGGGAAGGAGGGCGCCGUCGCGCUCGCGCUGUCGCUGGAGCCCGAGAGCAUGCCGGAGUUCAGGAAGGUGUUCGCACAGGAGCUCGCGAGGCUCCAGGCGAUAUGAUGAAUGAUGAUGCACGUAACCGUGCAUGCGUACGUACGUACUACUACUACUAGAUGCUGAGGGGUGGGUUGGUAGGAGGUGUACUGUUUGUGGUUGUGUACACAACACCUGGCCAUCAGACACAGGUGACAUGGGAGUCGUCGUCGUCGUCUUCGUCGUCGCCGUCGUCCGUGUUGCAGACAGCAGCAGAGUCAUUACCAUGCAUAAGCUCAUGUCACAUCACCAUUACGUUUAAUUUGGCAUGAAUGCACGCACGCAUCCGUUUGUUUAAUUUGCAGCGAAACGUUGAUCAA